UAUAUAUACACAUAUAUUAUAUAUAUAUAUAUAUAUAUAUACUCGCGUAGUCGUCGGCAUUCGAUGCGAUUCCGUUUGACUAUUUCCUGCUUGUCCAGAACGCGAACGUCAUUCGCCGCAUCUUGCGUAAAUACCUGUCGCGGUUUUCCUUUAUCGUUCGCAUCGCGAACCGACAAUGAGUGAAAACUUAGUUACAACAGGUGCCUCGCCAAUAUAAUUCCGAUGCUAUUACAUAGCUCGACCUCGUGACAUCAUCGCGAGUUCGUAGCUAUCGAUGUUCCUUUUAAAAACGGAGAACGUGACUUUGGUGAACGAAUUCUCAUUGUGAAAGCCAGAAAAGUUUCGAUGAAAGAGGAAGAAAGAUACAAAUUGUGUCAACGUUCACGAUACUUUUGAUAGGAUCCUUGCGUAACAGAUUUCCCCUGUGUGUUUUAUUAUUUAUAAAUUAUAUAUACUUUCGUAUUAAUAUAUUUACGCAAUUCCAACAGAGUGCUAUUAAAUGCAGCCGAAUGUGUGUAUAUUAACAUUUGUAUUAUAUAUUCGAUGAAGAUAUAUAUCUAAAUAUAUAUCUAAACAGAGUCCGUUAGCGCUCUGUAAACGCUCGAACGGUGUUAAAAAUUAACGCAACACGUCGACACUCUGAUUGAGAGUAGGCGAAUCUUGGUAAAACCUCGAGAAGUAGCGGUGCUUGUGCGGGAUAUGUAACUUGUAGUCACAUAAUGUUUUAUUUCUUCGAAAAGUCUGACAACACGACGAGUUUCCCAUCGCCGGUAUAUAUACGUGCGCGCGGAUACGCGCCAUCGGUGUAAAUAUUGAACAAGUGACGUAAUUAGUUGUGCGAGGCAUGAUAAUAAGCGGGGACGUCGUUACUCGUCGGCGCGCCUCGCGAUCAGAUAACGCAUACGAAAUUGUUCCUCUUUUCGAGGUCGACGCACCAUUCGUAUCUGCUAAGGAAGAGCCUGAUAAAAGAUUCAGUUCAGAUCUGUCGUCGUUGCCGGCCUCUCGUCACCCGAAUUCCCGCUGGCGGAAACGAUUGAAAUGGAGGAAUCAUAUCGACCGGUAUCGUUCGUCGAAGGAAGUGAAACUGGAGAUGCACAACGAGAGAAGAGCGACGAAAGAGAGACAGAACAUAGAUUGGAGCAGUUGAGGAAAGCGACGGAUAGAAUACAAAAGGAGAUCGAAGAAGUCACCGAAAGGGAACACGAAUUGCGGAACGUGGGUAGCAUUAAGACUAUAUCUCACGAGACAGUGGAUUCAAAGGUGCGUCGCAUGCCGCAAGCUCUAGCCUCGGGCAAGUUGAAAAGAACAACUUCGACACCGCAGAUUCUGGAGGCAGUCAGUCUAUCGGCAAGUUCGAUGCCAAAGAUGACAAACGGCGUGAUAUCUACCCGGACAACACCAACACCGUUGCGUUUCGCGAGUGUGCCAAGCCAGAAAGGUUUGAUGCACAGAUUUCUGGCCACACGAGGAAAGAUUUAUAAAAACAAAUCGGGCAGCAAUGACAGCUUGAGUCCACCAAUAACACCUACUAUCACACUCAAUCCCUUAAGUAUCAAAGCCUUUAAUAGAACAUUGGAGAUACAAUUGGAGCCGGACAAUGAGCCAAAGAAACCAUUGGCGAGGAAAGGAUAUGUUCCUGUCGAACAGAAAAUUCAGAAGGAGUUAAACGAUAUGAAGGAACGAGAGAACGAGUUAAGAUUGAUGAGAUCGCAGAUGUUGGCCAAGUCUCAGCCAAAUCUACUCGAUAUAGGGAACGAUAAUGAUUCCGAUAUUUACGACGGCUCCAAUUCUCUUAGAAGUGGCGCUUCCACUAACACUCUGAAUGAAGAUGAAAUUGAAAGAGAACAUAAGGGGAAACAUAAACCUAAUCCACGACGUCGUAAUACGCUCAUCGCCCAGUGGGAGAGUCUGAUAGCCGCCAACAGAGAGUCUCUCGAGAAAAACAACGAAAAUGAUAGCUAUUUCUGAAAAUCCAAGUGAAUGCUUGCAGAUGACAAUUUUAUUCUCAUCCUUAUCUGGCCAUUAUCUAGCAUCAUAAAAUAAUAUUUGAUUGUAAAUUAGUAACACAGAUUAAUAUUUCAUUAUAUUAGGAAAUUAUUUUAUAUUGAGAUGUUCCUCUACCGUUCGAAGAUGGCACAUGUUGAAUGUAUGAAUCUACAUCGAUUUUCUUGUUUAUCUCGUCUAUAUAGUUUAUUUACGAAUGAAGGAUUUUUUCCUGUUUGAAUAUUUAUGUGCUAUGGCGUUAAUUAGGAUACAACAUAUUUUCAGUAUUAAGUUGCUACAACACUGAACGUAAUUAUUUAUAUAUAAUAUAUAUAUAUAAUUUCUUAUAAUAUUAUUUUAAGAAUCUAUUUUAAGAAAGUAGGGGGCACAUAUAUUUUCAUUCAUUAUUAAUGAAUUGUAAUACGAAUACGAUAUGUAUUCUCACGUGCGAAUGACUGAAAAUUUUUAUACAGUUAUUAUCUAAUAUAUAAUGUUUCCAAUGUGUGUAAAGUGCUUACAUAACGAUUAAUUAAAGACCCACUCGAUUAGCAUAUGUAUGAUAUUAAUAUGCAAUAUGUAUUAAGUACUUAAUUAGUUUUAAAGAGAUAAUUAAAUUUCUGCAUUCGCACAUAUGUGAAAAAAAUUACAAAUGCUUAAAAAAAAUUAUUAAUAAUAAUUAUAAUUAAUUAUUAAUAUAAAUCAUAUAAUUAUAAACAUGUGCUAUUAUUUCUAUAU